UAUAUAAACAACAUCACCGCUGUGAACAGAAGUUUGCAGUGUGUUUGUUCAAGUGUCCCAACAUGAACAUGAACACAGAGAGAAUGAAUGAUAACGAUGGACCUGACCCGGAUUCGGCUGAUUACUGCAAUGAUGCAGAUGUGCAACAUUCAGUUUUAAACAAUCCACGAAAUAAUGGAAAGCGACCAUUUUGUCAAAACCCCUUUAAGGUGGCAACCGCAUGCCUGACUGCCUUCUGUCUCCUUUUACUCAUGGUCCUGGUGGUCACAAAGUAUCACAGUAAGAGUUCAUCUGUUCAGGAUCUCCCCUCCAGUCCUGCUGAACCUCAAAUGUUUUUUGCCUGCCCCAAUGUGGACGAUCUGAAGGCAGAACUGCAGACUUUGAGAAAAGCGAAUAGUGACCUGGAGGAAGAGAGGUCACAGCUGAAGAUCAAAAUCACUGCGCUAGAAGCAUCGACUGCCACAAAAUGCACUCCAGUGACAGCGACAGGUCCCUGCCCAGUUGACUGGCAUUAUUUCGAAGGCAGCUGUUACUACAUCUCAGAAGACAGCGAAAGCUGGCCAGAGAGUCAAGCUUACUGCAAACUACAAGGAGGACACCUGGCUAUCGUCACUACAGCUGAUGAACAGACUUUUAUUUGGGACCUGCUGCCACGUGGUUUCUGGAACGCCUACUGGAUUGGCAUAACUGAUGAAGAGACAGAAGAUGACUGGCGCUGGGUGGAUGGAACCAAACUGGUUGGAGGUUUCUGGGAAGAAGGCGAGCCUAACAAUGACAUUAAUGAGGACUGUGUCAACAUGGUAAAAACUACGGUUUUAAGUCGCGUAGCUACAAAGAGCUGGUACGAUGCCCCAUGUGACAUGUCCAGACCCUUUAUCUGUGAGAAGAAGGCAGAUGUGUCCUCUUAAUCAUCAUCAUCCAUCUCAUAUCAUCAUCUUCAUCUCCAACAGAACUUCAUAAAUGUUUAGUUUCAAGGUGUUUUUGAUAAGAAAUGUUGCAGAAUGAAGAAGGAUUACUGAUAUGAGUUAUGAUUGUACUUUGUAUGCUUGAUCUCAGGAUUUAAAUAUUUUUAAUCCAUUUUAAACCGUCUACUGUUUUAGGGUCACUUACUUAACCUUCUAAGACCUGAUGUGUUAAAAAUGUUCACAAAAAAAAAGUGAUUUUAGUAAAUCAGUAAAGUAAGUCAUUCAAAAUAAUUUGUCUUUAUUUGUUUUCAAGUAAAAAUAAAUUCUUAAAAAACAAAAA